AUGAGCUCAACUAACCUCACAUACACGUUUAGUCACACAUCACCUUACCGACAAGACAAUUACUAUUCGAAAAAUGGUGACCAUGGGGAACUAUUUGACCAUAGGCGUGGUUCAUUUGAUAACCCACCGAAUCCCUCCUCCCAACACCCCCAGGGUACACCAUCCUUCCGUGGAAACUAUGCUAGCUCUCGCGGGAAUCACGCCCAUCAGGGCCCCGACCGUCGUUUCUCAGGCUCCGGUCCCUCUUCGAGCAACAACAAUAGAUCAUCGCACAUGGAUGACAAAGGCCAUUUCAACAACUCACAAUGGACAGCACCUGGAUCCCGUGGCCACUCUGGACAAGACAGCCCAAGAAUGGGACACAACCACGGAUCGCAAACCCCUUCCACACGACCUCCAUCUGCCAAUGAUCCACAAUCUCCAAGGGCAGUGGAUAGUGGUGACCAUCUCCGACCUGCUCCUAAGGCAUUCUCAAGAGAAGAGGAUGUCCAGCCAGGACCCGAAGGUGAUGGUCCACGAAAAAUGCCUCCGCCUACCCGAGAUGCGCCGCCCACUAGCCCGGCAGAGAGCCGUGGAAAAAUCAGCUUUACCUUCAAAGCUAAAAGCACGCCGGCGCCUGCUCCGAAGCCAGUGCCUGACCUUGCACAGCGUAUGCAGGUCCGCGAACCGCCACCCCGUGCUCCUCCUCUAUCUGAAGCACCAUCCCCUCGCAAUCGAUUGACGAAUGGGCCAUUGCCUAAAUUCAAGCCCGAACCACGUUUUGAUCGCUUUGAUCGAGACCGCGGAAGGGAUCGGGGACGGGAUCGUGGUCGAGAUCGCGGAAGAGAUCGUGGUCGAGACAGAGAACGAGACUUUGACCGAAGAGAUCACAGGGAUCACAGGGAUCACAGAGACCUCCGAGAACCCCACGGCCGAAGAGAAGAUCAUCGAUUCGACCAGCGUCGUGAGCGCGGAAGGGGAGACCGCCGCCCAGACUUCCGACAAGAUCGUCGCAGAGACUUCACUCCCGAACCACCAAGGGAACUCCCACCUCCACCGAAGCAAACCAAGAUUGUCCUCCGCCCUAAGCCACGUCCCAAGCUGUCCGAGGAAUUUGCCAAGGCCGAUUCCGUCUAUUAUCGCAAGCCAGGCAAUGAAUCUGUCAUUGGCGCGGGCACGUACGGAAAGGUCUUCAAAGGAAUCCACGUGUAUACUCAACGCAAGGUUGCAUUGAAGAAGAUCCGAAUGGAGGGCGAAAAGGAUGGAUUUCCUGUGACCGCUGUGCGCGAGAUCAAGCUGCUCCAACACCUCCGCAAUAACAACGUCGUGAGCCUUUUAGAGGUUAUGGUCGAGAACAACGAAUGCUUUAUGGUGUUCGAAUAUCUCUCGCAUGACCUCACUGGCCUGAUCAAUCAUCCCACCUUCGCACUAACUCUCGCCCAUAAGAAGGACCUGGCGAAACAAUUGUUCGGAGGUCUGAACUAUCUUCACCACCGAGGUGUCCUUCACCGUGACAUCAAAGCCGCCAACAUUCUCGUCAGCAACCAAGGGCUAUUAAAAUAUGCGGACUUCGGUCUAGCUCGAUUCUUUUCAAAGAGCCGACCCCUGGAUUACACCAACCGUGUGAUCACUAUCUGGUACCGUCCGCCUGAGCUUCUCCUCGGCGAAACUCGCUACGGCCCCGCUGUUGAUGUCUGGAGUGCCGCAUGUGUCUUCAUAGAAAUGUUCACGAAGAAGGCCGUAUUCCCGGGCGAAGGAGGCGAGCUCAGCCAGCUCGAGAAACUCUACAACUGCUUGGGUACACCGAAUCGUGCCGACUGGCCGGACCUUGUCGAGAUGCCCUGGUUCCAACUGAUGCGGCCCACCGAACGGAAGAAGCGAGUCUUUGAAGAUAUGUAUCGCGAGAUUUUAUCUCCCGAUGCGCUAGACCUCAUUUCCCAAAUCUUCCGAUACGAUCCGGCAAAGCGACCGAGUGCGGAAGAAGUCCUCAACCAUUCCUACUUCACGUCCGAAGCACCCGCUCCGCAACAAGCCAUCGAGUAA